ACGCGCGCCCGCAGUUUGUUGUGGUUUCAUUAUCGCCUGCCAACGCGCCCGAGGCAAUCGAUACGGUCACGCGCGUGCACCGAACAACGGAAAAUGAUUCUGUCGAGGUCCAAGCCGGCCUCGUCGGAGGGCGUCCGCACGUCGGCGUCGCGCAAGGAGAUCCCGAAGCUGGAGGAGUUCCUGGAGAAGCGGGACUACACCGGCGCCCUGACGCUGCUCGAGUUCAACAGCAGCACCGGCGGCAGCCUGGAGACGGACCUGUGGAUGGGAUACUGCGCGUUCCACCUGGGCGACUACAGGCGCGCGGCGACCAUCUACGAAAACCUGAGGAAGAAGGACUACGUGCCGCCGGACGUGCCGACGAAUCUCGCCUGCUGCUACUUCUACCUGGGCAUGAACCCAGAGGCGCAGAGGGUCCUGGAGGACGCGGCGGCAGAAGGCGGCAAGCUGCGCACCAGGCUGCUGUUUCACCUGUCCCACAAGAUGGGCAACGAGUCCAAGCUGAUGGAAUACCACCAGAUGCUGCAGGACGUUAUCGAGGACCAGCUCAGUCUGGCGUCCAUUCACUACCUGCAGGCUCACUAUCAAGAGGCGAUCGACGUCUAUAAGAGAAUCUUGCUCGACAACAGAGAUUAUCUAGCUUUAAACGUAUACGUAGCCCUGUGCUACUACAAGCUAGAUUACUACGACGUAGCUCAGGAGGUUCUCCAAGUUUACCUGCAGAAGUAUCCGGAUAGUGCGAUCGCGAUUAACUUGAAAGCGUGCAAUCAUUUCCGUCUGUACGACGGGAACGCCGCGCAGGUCGAGAUGAAGCAGCUCGUCGAGAAGAUAUCGAGUUCCUUCAGCUCCGGCCACGAUCUUAUACGACACAACACAGUUGUCUUCAGGGGCGGCGAGAACGCUUUGCAAAUCUUACCCAACUUGGUGGACGUCAUACCGGAAGCCAGGCUCAACUUGGUCAUAUAUUACUUGAAACAGGACGACGUCAAGGCAGCCUACGACCUGAUCAAGGAUCUCGAGCCGGCGGUGCCGCAGGAAUACAUUUUAAAAGGCAUAGUCAACGCCGUUAUAGGCCAGGAGACCAACUCUCGCGACAGCAUAAAGACUGCACAGCAGUACUUUCAACUGGUGGGCUCCUCGGCGUCGGAAUGCGAUACCAUACCCGGUAGACAGUGCAUGGCGUCCUUCUUCUUCCUUUACCGGCAAUUCGAGCGGGUCAGGCUGUAUCUGAACUCGAUAAAGACGUAUUUCUCCAAUCAGGAUAACUUCAACUUCAACUACGCUCAAGCGCAGGCCGGGGCGGGCUACUUCAAGGAAGCGGAGGAGGCUUUCCUGACGAUACGUAACGAAAAAUAUAGAAAUGAUUACAUUUACAUCAGCCUUCUGUCAUACUGCUAUAUAAUGAAUAAAAAGGCUGAACUGGCCUGGGAACAGUAUUUAAAGAUGGAGACAUCGGCGGAAUCUUUCAAUCUGCUUCAGCUGAUUGCCAAUACGUGUUACAAAGUGGGCGAAUUCUGGUACGCCGCUAAGGCCUUCGAUAUGCUGGAACGUAUGGAUCCGAGCCCUGAAAACUGGGAGGGAAAGCGCGGCGCUUGCUGUGGCACUUUCCAGUACAUUGUCGCGGAGAAGCUACCGAAAGAACUGCUGACGGAAGUGAUACAAAUCCUGAAAAAUACAUCCAAUUCUCAAGUAGAGCAGAUAAUACGCGUUAUGCGCAAAUGGGGAAAAGAUAACCGAAUAAACUGCUAGUAUUAUUGGAGCGCGUGAAUAUCGGUUAUCAGUUCCGUCCGUAAAAAUGCCUUUUAAUAGAUAAGCAGCACGAUGUAACGUGUGUUAAGCGCACGUUGCUUUAAAUACGAUACAUUUGUUAUAACGAGGAGUUAUAAUGUUCUGUCUCUACAGCAAUGUACAAUGAAUUUUUGUA